CCGUAUAAAACCCGGUGCCAGGAAAAAGAAGGCACUUUGGUUCUUGAGCUCCAACCUCAACAGUCUUGUCUCCCUCCACCGUUUUGUCAAGUUGUAGUGAUAGAUACAUUUAGUAAAGAAGAAGAGAGCUCGUUGGAAGAUUUGAGCUCAUUUCUGUAACUGGGUGUCAGCUACAUUCUUCAACUUCCUCAUCACUCAGGGCUGAUAAGUAAACGACUGAUUUAUUGAUCGCACAGAAAAAUGGCUGAUGCAAGGUUGAGGACAUGGUUGUGUGUUAUACUGAGCAUACAGAUCUUGCUCAAGUCUGAAGCCUUUAACGUUGGGAUUACCUAUGUCCAAAAUGCUGUAGCGAAAGGAGCUGUUUGUUUGGAUGGUAGCCCUCCGGCUUACCACUUCGAUAAGGGAUUUGGCGCAGGUGCUAACAAUUGGUUGAUUCUCUUUGAGGGAGGAGGAUGGUGCAACAACGUCACCACUUGCCUCGAUCGAAGGGAUACACGGUUAGGUUCAUCGAAACAGAUGGUCAAGGAAGUUUCUUUCUCCGGUAUACUCAGCAAUAAACAAAAAUUUAAUCCAGACUUCUACAACUGGAACAAAAUCAAGGUCAGAUACUGUGAUGGAGCUUCGUUUACUGGGGAUGUGGAAGCAGUCAACCCCGCCACUAACCUUCACUUUAGAGGAGCGAGGGCUUUUGUAGCAAUUAUUGAGGAUUUACUGUCGAAAGGGAUGAGUAAUGCGCAAAAUGCUGUUCUUUCUGGAUGCUCAGCUGGUGGAUUGACUGCAAUACUGAAUUGUGAUAGAUUCCGAUCUCUCGUGCCUGCAAGUGCCAAAGUCAAAUGUCUUUCAGAUGCUGGCUAUUUUAUCAAUGCGAAGGAUGUUUCUGGAGCUCCACACAUUGAAACUUUCUACAGUGAAGUUGUUGCAACACAUGGAUCAGCCAAGAAUCUACCAACUUCAUGCACAUCCAAAAUGAGACCAGGAUUGUGCUUCUUCCCUCAAAACGUGGUUCAGCAAAUUCAGACCCCGUUAUUCCUUAUAAAUGCCGCCUAUGAUUCGUGGCAGAUUAAGAAUAUUUUGGCGCCCGGAGUAGCCGAUCCUCAUGGAACCUGGCGAAGCUGCAAGCUUGAUAUUAAGAAGUGCUCACCGAAUCAACUCAAAAUCAUGCAAGAUUUCAGGCUGCAGUUCUUAAACGCACUGAGUGCAGUUGGAACCUCUCCAUCAAGAGGAAUGUUCAUCGAUUCUUGCUAUGCUCAUUGCCAAUCUGGGACGCAAGAGACGUGGCUGAGAAACGACUCUCCAGUAGUGGCGAAGACAUCGAUCGCAAAGGCAGUUGGAGACUGGUAUUACGACCGGAGUCCGUUCCAAAAGAUCGAUUGCGCUUAUCCCUGCAACCCCACUUGCCACAACCGUAUUUUCGAUCCCAAUGAACACACUGAAGUAUAGUUUUCCUCUGUCCAAAGUCUUCUAUCUAUUCUUGAAGUUCUAAUCGUCAUUGUUAAAAUGAGCUUGAACGGUAAAGGUGCAUUAGCACAGGUCGUCACAGCACCAAAUCUGCGUGCUGGUCACUCUGUGUAAUACUUUAAUGUAUGCAAAGCAUUGAUAGUAAUGAAUAAAGCCAGACCUUGAAGGGUACGGCAGAGUUUGAAGCGUUGGUUACACAA